GACCCCGACAUGGCAGCGCAGAUUGCGCAGUGGCAGAGCGCAUACCUGCCCAAGGAAGGGGCCGAUGAAGCUGCUGCCAAGGCGGCGCAGGAAGGAGCUGUGAACAGCACGAACGAGAAGAAGAAGACGGUCUACCGCGAAGGUGGUGGCAAGAAGUGGGCCGACGAGUCGCUGCUUGAGUGGGACCCGUCACACCUGCGGCUCUUUGUCGGUAACCUGGCAGGCGAGACAACGGACGACUCGCUGCUCAAGGCAUUUGCGCGAUGGCAGUCGGUGCAGAAGGCCAAGGUGAUACGGGACAAGCGGACGAACAAGUCCAAGGGCUACGGCUUUGUCAGCUUCAGCGACCCAGACGACUUCUUCCAGGCCGCCAAGGAGAUGAAUGGCAAAUACAUCCAAAGCCACCCCGUCGUAGUGCGCAAGAGCACGACCGAGGUGAAGCCGGCCGCCCAGAAG